AUGGAUCUUAGAAGUGGAAAACAAACUGGAGAAGAAUCAAGUGAGUCUCUAUCAGAGCAAGAAACGACAAUGGAACCAGGACCAAUGACAGGAAGAGGAAGAAAAUCGGCAAUACAAAAUAUGUUAGAAGAUAUGAUGAAAACCAUAGAAGAAGAUAGAAAAAGGCAAGAGGAGGAUAGAAGAAGACUGGAGGAAACAAUAAAACAAGGUAGAAAAGAAGAUUUACAAAAAUUAGGAGAAGGAAGAAAAGAAGAUUUACAUAAAUUGGAACAAGAAAGAAAAGAAGAUUUAAAAAUAUUUGAACAAGGAAGAAAAGAAGAUAUGGAAAUAAUGGUAAAAGUAAUAGAAAAAAAAGUACAAUCCAUCAAGGAAGAAAUUCGACGGGAAACACAAACAUGGAAACAAGAUUUAAAAGGAGAUAUUGAAAAGACAGAACAGGAGAUAGCAAUGGUAGCUGAAAUGAGCACUAUUGGAAGAAACGUGUCGAAGAAUACUCACAACAUUGAACAAGUGAAACGACAGGUGGAAGAUAGAGUAAGUGGGAAUAGAAACGAGAUGGAAGUGGAAAGAAGAAGAACAAAAGAACAAAUAGAAGAGCUCCAAAAAUAA